AUGUUUGUUUUAAUUUUAGCUGUUCCUGGAAUGGUCAAGGUAAGUGAAUAAAUAUUUAUUGGAGAACAUGUUAAUUUUCUGAUUGGUUUUCUGAAACUAAAAUUAUUAUUACGGUAUUGCAAGUUUCUGUAAACAUUGAGUUUUGAAAAAGGUUUUAAUUCUCAUUCCACGAAAUUUCAUUGUUAUAUUGCUUAGUUAAACAAUCUUUAAAUUUACCACAACUUGAUUCUUAAAAACUCAUUUCUCAAUGGUGGAAGUAAAUGUGAUUUCAUAUCUGAUCGUACAUACUUUUUUCUAUACGAUAACAUACUUUUUUCUAUGUAUGAAUAGCAAAUUAUAAUCGUAUUUAAGGCCACUCCAAAUUAGACUUUAUAUAGUUUCCCGUCCUCCGCCCGCGUCUCCUAGAACUGGCCGCAUGGUUUGUCCAUUGGCAUUAUUGCUAACUUGUUUCCAUUAUUUGACCUUUAUGACUAAGAAUAACGAAUAUCGACAGUUUUCGAAUAAUCUAUCUUUCUAGAAAUACAUUUUUAUAAUAUAAUACGUAAAAAUCGAAAUAAAAUUGUUGAAACUUUUAUGAAAGAGCAUGAAUUGUUGUUUUUGUUCGUUUUUACCACACUAUCCGCCGAGCUAGACACUUUCGUUACAUGUUUUGAUUUUCGAACGUAAUAAAAGGAUAAGCUUAAUUAAUAUCCUGCAAUCUGCAUGGCUUUCAUUUCUGCAUAUACAAAAAAUCCAAAACAUCAUCCGUAGAAACGUGGCCGAAUGGAAACGUGUUUCUAUUUCAUGGAAUAAUGAAUGGUUGUGUCAGAUUCUUUCAGACACCAUAAUGGAUAAUGGAAAUGGAUCGCCCGCCCGCAUGUAAUUUGAAAUAAGGGCUGGACGGACACUAAAAUCUAAUUUGGAGUGGCCUUAUUAUAUACUGUAUAUAUUCGCAAACUUUUACUACCCUAAUAUUGACUUUGAAUUGGUUUACUUAUUUAAUUAAUUAAACAAAACAAAUUGACGUAAUUAUAAAUACAUUUUCUAGGGGUCUAGGCAAAAAAGCCGAAUGGUUUCAAACAGACUCCUAGCCCUUUUCUUCCUUAAUAUUAGUAUUUUUAUGUAAAUAAAUAAAUCAAAUAAAAAAAUAACAUAAAAAUAAUUUUAUAACAUGAUUGUUUGCUUAUUCUCCUAAUGUAUGUACCGGUACGCAGGAAUUAAGGUUGACCAUCAUGAGAUGUGUAGCGUAUAUAACACACUUUAUUCGAAGGUGCAUGGGUAUACUGGCUUUCUUUUUUUUGGGGGGGGAGGAGUUCAUUACUGGAUAUGCAAAUGGGAGAUAAAUUAAACAAGUUAGAAGAAAGAGAAGAGAAAAAUUGAUAACUUUAUCAGGGUUCAAAUUAAUUCUGAGAAAAUCAUGCUUCCUGAACUUUUACGGAAUCAUAUAACGCUCAUACGUGGAUUGUAAUGGUAAUUAAAUUACAGGCAGGCAUUUAGCCAGAUAGCCGUCCAACUGUCCUAUGGACGGCCACUUUUGAAUUUAUGUGACGAAUUCUGAAUGGACAGCCAUGGAUGGCCUAAGAAAUUGUUUUUAAGCUUUAUAACAUUUUGUGAAUAUCUUAAAAGUUGUCAGCUGCUAAUCACCUUAUCUAUAGCAUACAUUUUGACACUUUUGUCGAAAAGCCACUGAAUGUGUUUAUGACAGAAAUGGGUUUCCACACCCACGGUAUUUUUUGGAUGGCCAGUUUUAUCACCCUGGCUAAAAUCCUAAUUACAGGCCAUACAGCAGUUAAGGCAGUUUUAUAUUAAAUUUACUUUUUAGUAUAUUAACAAUACACCUAUUGAUCCCUCAGGAAAGAUGCCAAUCCCAAGUAUUAUUGUUUUGCUUCUCAUUUCCUCUGCCGUCAUUUCCUCUGCCCUUAUGUGAAUGAAUGUAUUGUCCUAAAUUCUUACAGUAUAUGUGUAUAAUUAUACGGUUAAUUUUAUUAACAUGAUUUAUAUUCCAGACGCCCUGGGCUGGAGCUUGUUACAAGUUGAAUGUGCAGUUCCCUGAAGAGUAUCCUUAUUCGCCACCAAAAUGUAAGAAUGACAUAGAAAUAACCUAUGACUGCAUGUCGGGAAAAAUCACAGUCACACAACUGCAAUAGCCUCUCAUUUAUAAUAUUCAUUAAAUUGCUGUGGAUAAUUUAUGCCAUCCUCUAAGGGGAGUUCCGAGAAUGCGGUAAGUGCGUUGCUCAGACAACUCAAAAAUACAAAAUAGUAUAGUAUGUUGGCUGGCCGUUUUUCUAGCUUCACCCCGUAAGCUCUGCCCCCAAGUACGGCCAAAGCUCCGCUGGCUAGUAUUGUAUAGAAUCGUUAGCUUCAAAUGUUUAUUUUAGGUCAGUUCAAUCCACCUAUAUUUCAUCCUAAUGUUUUCCCAUCUGGAACUGUCAGUCUGUCGCUCAUAGACAAAAAUAAUGGAUGGAAACCGCAGACAACUUUAAGAGAGGUGAACCAUGGUGUUGACUUGAGAAGUUGAUCUUAAUCAGUGACCACGCAUCAUUAGUAUUACGUAUAUACUUGUUAUUGCAUUUUUAGGUACUUGUCGGAAUUCAGCUGCUUUUGAGUGAUCCUAAUUUCGACAAUCCUGCGCAGGCCGAAGCGUCUGCUGUGUACUAGUAAGUGUACAUGAAAACAUUUUAGUUAUUACAGUACUCUUGCUUCACCAGUAUGCUUAGUUGGGAAACGGUAAAUGAGAAACUGGUAAAACAAGUUGUUUGACAAGUUUUUGUUGUCGUGCGCAUGGGUAAAUGCUUGGCACUGCUGGUAAAAUCGGAGCCAGUUGUACAAAAACAACAUCACGUUCUAAAUAUAGUAACACGCUUAAAUGUAAUGCCUGUGGUAAUACCUUGUACAAAAUAUUUAAUAUAACUGUACAAAUAUUGAAUAAAAUGUAAGAAAAUAUACAUCAAGAUGACUUGAAAACCGCAUAGAGUUCAAAAGAAUAACUAUAAAUUCUACACUGUAACAAAAAUCAACCGUUUAGAGAAAUAUGUUUUGUAGCGGUUGCGACGAUUAAUAAAAAAGGGCAAUAAUUGUCAAAAUCCACAGUAAUAAACAUAUUAUUUGGAAACUUUCAAAAUUGGAAUUUACUCUACCGAAAACCUUAACACAAUCUCCAACGUUAAAGUAACACUAAUAAAGUUUGUAGACCAAAUAAAAAAAUGAUAUUGAUCGGAUAAAUACAAAAAUUCAAAAAGAUAUAACAGAAAUUCAAAUGCAAAAUUUGUAGCAUGAGACACCGAUUUCAAAAUAUUUUAGUAUUGGCAGCGACGAUAUUAAAACCGAUACAUAAAUUGUGAACUGCAUGUGGAAUAAAAAGUCGUUUGAUUAAAACUGACAGACAACAAACAAAAGAGUGAGUCAGUAUUAUGUCACGCUUGUUUACAGACAAUCUCGUUCCCCGAGCCUGCCAAGGAUCGCAGGCUCGGGGAACGAGAUUGAUUUACAGAUAAAAACUACAGGAGAGAAAGUCAAAUUUAAAGUGACGUCGCGUUGGUCGCAUCACGCGAUCUUCGCGCAAGCUCGAUAGAAAUCGUUCGUUUGCUCGCAGUGGUUUCUCCUCAGCUCAGAAACCACUGCCAGCAGGGUACAACUAUGUAAGCAACGUUAGCCAAAUUUGUCUAUCCAGGCUUUUCUGAUAAACAGGAUGCAGGUAUUUAAAUCCUUUCACCACUACUAUUUAAAAUUAUUCCAAUAGUAAAAUAUUGCCAAUUAUUCCAAGAGUUGUGCACUGGUUGACGCCGUCUUUUUCUGUGGAAAGGUUCGAAAAUCCCCUUAUUUUUCGAUAUUUUAUACCAAAUAAAGUAUUGCAUUUAGCAACUGGUUGAAUAUUUUCUAACAAUGAUGCGUAAAUCAAUUGUAUUAUUAUUGCCAAUUGGGUAACAUUCUAGACAAUUUCUGGUUAAUACGACUACGUUUAGCCUUCAGUAACCAGUAACUGUUACCUCACAGUAUAUAGCCUUUCUAAACGCCAUGGGGUGGCAGACCGCACGGAGAAUAUAGACUGCAAACGAGUUUCAAAGGAGUGAAUUUAGUGAAGCAGAAACACAGUACUAGUACUGUGAUGUUUAUGAGCAUUUUUUAGUUAGUGUUGUUGCGCGAUUUGCCCACUGAUCAUUAAGACAGUAGGUUUGCCUCCCAUAAAUGGCGGGGAAGGCCUGUUGGCAUGGCGUAUUAAUUAUGUCCCCUGUUUUUUUGCAGUAAAAGCCAAUCUGAUUACGAACAACGUGUAACUAAACAAGCAGGGGAAAUGGCGAUGAAGUAG